ACAAAUAGGCCGCGCAGUGGCUGGCUAUGUGAUUAUUGGGCGAUCUUUGCCUUUGGACGGCAUUUGAAGGCGAUCAACAGACGAUCUCAUGAUAUUUCACCAUUUUCUUCUCUUCAAUCAGCUUCUUGAGAUGCAUACUCAAAGUUUUUCACCAGGGCGACAGCGACAUAAUGAUGGCCUGUGCUAUGUAGAAAUAACUCAUUUCGCUGACUGCAUGCACGUCCAUGUAUUGUAUUUUAAAUAGCGGGUCAUUCUUCAAAGAGGCCCGCUUUUUCCCUCGGCGAAGUUCAAGGAGACCUGCAGCCUCAAACAAAUGAGUGCAAGAGUCAGCCAACUCAGACAAAACGCAAUUGAACAUCACUAGGCGCGUGGCACAACACAUUUGCGGAUCUGGAUCCAUACGUCCUUUACCAAUGUCAGCAGAAGUAUUCUCGGCAGGGCCGAUUGAACUGCCAGCUAGCGACUGCGAAUCCGCACUCGGCGAUCUUGGCUCAACUGACGGCACGGAGAGUGUACAUUCAACCCUUAUUGAGGGAAUUUGGGAAAAUGGACGCCGCUACCAUAAGUACCACGAUGGUUUCUAUUUCAUUCCUGACGACGAGCAGGAGCAGGAGCGGCUCGACAUGCAGCACGAGAUCUGUUUGAUGACAAUGAACCGCAUGCUCUACUACUCACCACUGCGGUCUGAUGUACGAAGUGUCCUUGAUAUUGGCACUGGGACUGGCAUUUGGGCAAUUGAUUUUGCGGACCAACAUCCAUCGGCAGAGGUAACCGGCACGGACCUGAGUCCAAUUCAGCCGCACUGGCUACACCAAAUUGCAGAUUCGAGAUAG